GAGUGUAUUAAUGGAAAAUAUGGUAUCAACUGUAACAAUAGUUGCAGCUGCCAAAUGUCAAAUACCAAAACUUGUGAUAAUGUCAAUGGAACCUGUGCAUGUGUUAAUGGCUGGAAAGGAGAAACUUGUACUAUUGAUAUUGAUGAAUGUGCUGAUCGCUCAGGAUCAUGUCAGGAACAUUCUCAUUGUCUCAAUACAAAUGGAUCUUACAUCUGUGUUUGUGAUGAUGGAUUCAUUCAGAAAGAGAACUUUUGUGCAGGUAAGCAAUUGAUAAUUAAUUUCAAUAUAAAAAAAUGACUUAUAUAUUUCUGCAUACACCAUUUUUGGAAAAUGUAUCAAAUAUCACUUUUUGAAUAAAACUUUUUACAAAUGUAAACUUCUUUUAGCCAUUUGAUUUGAUGCACAUGCAUUUACAAGUAUAACUAUUACAAAAGUUAAUUUCUUUGACUUUUUAAUAUUUUUGUUUACAUUUUGGACAGAUGAAAAUAAGAGAGCUGUAAACUCAAUGGAAAUAGACUUUUAGAAUAUAGGGACCAGUUCAUUUUGUUUUAAUUGAAAAUUUUAUAUAAUUUUAUAAUAAAAAUAAGGAAUCAUACAUUUUAUUGUGAAUAAAACGUUUAUUUAAUAUGAUAACUAUGUAAGGACUGGUAAAAUUUGUUUUCAAAACAUUUUUUAUAGAGUGCGAUGAUAACUCCUAUGGUCCAGUGUGUUCAUUGCGUUGUUCAUGUGGAGCAAAUUUUAGAUGUGACAAAACAAAUGGAGUCUGUUACUGCAAGCCUGGUUUUAGGGGAGACAACUGUGAUAUUGACAUAGAUGAAUGCAGUGAGGCCAUUCAUGGCUGUAAUUCAGGAAAUCACCAAGCUUGUGAAAACAGCAUUGGUGGAUACCAGUGUGUAUGUCAAACCGGUUACACUAAAGAAUGUGAUCUUUGUGAAUGCAAAGGUAGACUCAAUGUUCCUUAA